AAAAGCGUUUCUCACGAGAUUGAAGGAAGUCAGGCAGACAGACGACAAGCUAAAAACUAGUUUAGAUUGCAUGCAUCACCAUCUAGCUAGUUAAAAAAAAUGUCGAACGCAGUACCACUGAACAAGCCUGCAAACCCUACGAACCCUCGUGUGUUCUUUGAUGUCGACAUUGGUGGAGAAAGAGCUGGUCGAAUUGUGUUCGAGCUGUUCAAUGACAUCGUCCCAAAAACCGCGGAAAACUUUCGAGCACUUUGCACUGGGGAAAAAGGGAUUGGCCAAACCACGGGAAAACCACUUCACUUCAAAGGAUGUCCUUUCCACAGGAUCAUCAAACAGUUCAUGAUCCAAGGAGGUGACUUCUCCAACCAGAAUGGCACAGGAGGAGAGAGCAUCUAUGGGGAGAAAUUCGAGGAUGAAAACUUUCACUACAAGCAUGACAAAGUGGGUCUGCUGAGCAUGGCCAACUCUGGCCCUGGCACCAAUGGCUCUCAGUUCUUCAUCACCACCGUGCCUACUCCUCACCUGGACGGCAAACACGUGGUGUUUGGCCAGGUUCUGAAGGGGAUGGGGCUGGUCAAGCUGCUGGAGGCCGUUGAGACGGUGGAGGAUGGGCCUCUGAAGCCGUGUGUGAUUGCAGAGUGCGGGGAGCAUAAGGAUGGGGACAGUUGGGGGGUGGCGCCCAGCGAUGGCUCUGGAGACGCACACCCGGAAUUUCCUGAUGAUUCUGACAUCGAUUUCAAAGAUGUGGAAAAGGUUUUGUCUGUUGCUGAGGAUAUCAAGAAUAUCGGAAACAACUUCUUCAAGAACCAGGACUGGCAGUCUGCAAUCAAGAAAUACUCAAAAGCUCUCAGGUACCUGGAGGUGUGUGAACAACUGGAUGAUGAGCAGACCCAGCAGAAACUGGAGCCCACGGCUGUGAGCUGCAUCCUCAACACAGCUGCCUGCAAGCUGAAGCUGCAGCUCUGGCAGGCUGCUGUAGACAGCUGCGAUGAGGUUCUGGAGCUGAACCAGUCGAACACUAAGGCUCUGUUCAGGAGGGCCCAGGGUUUGCAGGGACUGAAGGAGUACAGCAGAGCCAUGAUUGAUCUAAAGAAAGCUCAAGAAAUUGCACCAGAGGACAAAGCAAUUGGAAAUGAGAUGAAGCGAGUCCUGCUGAAAGUGAAGGAAGAGAAAGAAAAGGAGAAGAAAAUCUAUGCCAAAAUGUUCGCGUAACUUUCAGCGGGCUUCCCUGAUGUCCUUAAAAAGAUUUCUCAAUAUUUUGAAGUCUUCUGGUGUGCUGAAAUGCUGAUACCAGGUUCUGUCAGGAAGUGUGAUGCAGCUCUCUUAACUCUCUUUUGGCAGAAUUGUUUUCCAUCCAGGUUAAUUUCAUGUUUUGUUAGUGACACAAACGGUAAUUGCAAGGAUGAACUAUGAAUUAAUGGUAGGCAAUAUUGAUAUUUUUAGUAGGAACCGUAUGCCUGUAAGUUUGACUUCAGUGUUGCACUGUAUUGAUCAGUUUAAAGGGUAAUGCUGAAUUUCAUCUACAUUACUUAAAUACUACUGUUUCUUCCUUUUAUUUAUUUAUACUCAAUGUUUAAUACACCAAAACAAGUGUACAAAUGAAAAUGUAUAAGUCUCUUGUGCUUAUUCACAUUGUUGGAAUUUACAUGUAGGUCUGAUUCAAAUAAAAUUCCUCAUCAAAUUCCAUAGAAAGGGUAUGAAGACGUGAUGUGCAGAAUCAAACGGCACUGAUGAGUUGGUUGUAUUGUUUAUUAACCAUCAUUCAUUUGCAUCUUAACAUUAUGUACAGUAUCCUCAAAAUCGAUAUGCUGUUAUCAAAUGUAUUUGCAAUUGUUAAUGAAAUAAACCUCGAACUAAGGCACA